AGUUGCGCUUGUGACACCGCGCUGUCAGAAGCAGGAAGUGGAGAAUGUGAAGUAUGCGGCGUCCCCUCUCAUUGAUCUCAUUUCCUCGUUUUUUAUUUUGAUUUGCGCUGCCCGCGACCACGAGCACGUGAAUUUUGCCCCGCUCUAUUCUGUGUGAGGCACACGGCAUGCUAACCAAACUGUCUGUGGAGCAAAGGAGGUCCAGUCACAAGUUACACUAAUGCUGAUGAUCAGUCCCAGAAUGGCUUCAGGAAUGCAAGAGAAACAGUUCACGCCAUGUCUGCUUAAUUUUUUCAUUUACAACCCUACAUUUGGACCACGAGAAGGAGAGGAAGAGAAGAAGAUUUUGUUUUACCACCCCAGUGAUGUGGAGACGAAUGAGAAGAUCCGAAAUGUGGGCCUUUGUGAAGCCAUUGUACAGUUCACCAGAACCUUCUGUCCGACAAAACCGGCUAAAUCCCUGCACACGCAGAAGAACCGGCAGUUUUUCUUCGAGCCCGAGGACAGUUUCUGGAUAGUCAUGGUGGUUCGAAACCCCAUGAUUGAGAAACCAAACAAAGAUGGUAAACCUCCCACAAUAGAAUAUCAGGAAGAGGAAAUUCUUGAUACUGUGUAUGGUGCAGUUGUAAGACAAUGCUACAGUAUGUACAAGCUCUUCAAUGGCACGUUUGGCAGAGCAAUGGAAGCCGGUGGAGUGGAGCUGCUCACACAGAAGCUUGAGAAGUUCUUCUACAGGUAUCUGCAGACUCUCCACUUGCAGUCCUGCGACCUGCUGGAUGUGUUUGGAGGCAUUAGCUUCUUCCCACUGGAUAAGAUGACCUACCUGAAGAUCCAGUCCUUUGUCAACAGAGUGGAGGAGAGCCUCAGCCUGAUCAAAUACACAGCCUUCCUGUAUAAUGAUCAGCUUAUCUGGAGCGGACUGGAACAAGAUGACAUGCGGAUCCUGUACAAGUACCUGACCACCUCACUUUUCCCCAGACACUCUGAACCAGAGUUGGCUGGCAGGGACUCGCCUCUGAGGCCAGAGGUUGCAGGGAAUCUGUUGCACUAUGGAAGGUUUUUGACAGGACCUACCAAUCUUAAAGAUCCAGAGGCCAAAUUCAGAUUUCCCAAAAUAUUUGUCAGCACACAGGACGGCUAUGAGGAGCUGCAUCUGAUUGUUUACAAGGCGAUGAGCGCUGCAGCUUGUUUUAUGAUCAGUGCUUCUGUGGAGCUGACGAGGGAGUUCUGUGAACAACUGGACGGCUUGGUGGGACCUCAACUCACCCUGCUGGCAUCUGAUAUAUGCGAACAGUUUACCAUUAACCGCAGGAUAUCGGGGCCGGAGAAGGAGCCCCAGUUUAAGUUCAUCUACUUCAACCACAUGAACCUGGCGGAAAAGAGCACCAUCCACAUGCGGAAGACUGCCAGUGUUUGCCUCACCUCCGUCCAUCCCGACCUCAUGAAAAUCCUGGGAGACAUCAACUGUGACUUCGCCAGGGUUGAUGAGGAUGAAGAAAUCAUCGUAAAAGCAAUGACAGACUACUGGGUCGUUGGCAAGAAGUCAGACCAGAGAGAACUCUACGUGAUCCUGAAUCAGAAGAAUGCCAACCUGAUCGAAGUAAACGAGGAGGUUAAGAGGCUUUGUGCAACACAGUUCAACAACAUAUUCUUCUUGGACUGAUGAAGCAGAGAAAAUCUUGCACCACACAAACUGUCAGGUGUUGCAGGGUGUCACGGAAGUAUCAGCGUAAUGCAAUAAUUGCAUUGUAAAAUUUAAAAAAUAUAUAAUAAAAAGCUUUUCCUCCAUUGUAGAUUAUAGGGUUGUUAUAAUCUACAAAAUUGUAAUUUCGUUUUGUAAUUAUGUGUAAAAAUCCAGAUUUUUACUGUACAUGUGCUUUAUUUUUCUUUUAUUUUCUUUGUACAUACUUGUUGGAUUUUGUUAACUGUUUAUUUUGAUUUCUUUUGAAUUUAAAUUCUGUUCUGGUUUUUUUUUGGCCCCGUUGUGACAAUCUCUCAAAUUAAUUAAAAAACUGACAUGCACACAGCCGUUAACUCCAGGGUCCUUUGAUCAACAGAGAUGCAGCCGUUUUAAAAUAGGAUGUCAUUAUGUCAAAAGUAUUGUUUGUAAAAAAAAAAAUGCUAACUUUAAAUAAAUUAAGAAUUAAUUUUA